GAAGAAACUGCACAAUGGAUUCACAAAUGAUGGCAAAGCAAUAUUUUCCUCCAGCUAUCGAAAGAAAAAGUAUUUAUUUUUACUACUAUUACAUCUACCCAAAAGGGGUUUUAUUGGUAGCCUGUCUACCUUUCAUCAUCCUUCUGUUCACAGGGCUUACAGCUCUGCUCAUUUAUAAUGUGAUUGCUUUAAGAACAGAACUGGAAAACCUACGAGCUGAGCUGACAUCAUACAGGAAACCUGACAUUCCACUUCCUCCUACUUUGCUGAUAGGUAACAAGCGUAAAGGAGCAAGCAGCGAGACAUACUCCUCAUGGACAGAAGAGAAGGAGACAGGUAAAUCCUUCAAUUCCCAUGAAGAAGAUGCUACCAAUUUACUACUGAAAAGUCGAUCACGCAGAUAUGCAUCUGAAGGAAAAACUUACCCUUCUUGCUUGCAACUUAUACCAGACAAAACAAGGAAUGUUGAAAAUGAAGAUGACAACACUAUAAUACCAUGGAUUCUUAGUGUUAGACUUGGAACUGCCCUUGAAGAAAAACAAAAUAAAAUACUGAUAAAAGAAAAUGGUAUAUUCUUCAUUUACAGCCAGGUUUGGUACACAGACGAUCUGUUUGCAAUGGGUCAUGUAAUCCAGAGGAAAAAGAUGCAGACUGUGGGGAAUGAUCCAAACGUGGUGACUUUAUUUAGAUGUAUACAAAAUAUGCCAAAGUCAGACCCAAACAACUCAUGUUUCACAGGUGGACUUGCAAAAUUAGAAGAAGGUGAUGAACUCUCCCUUAAAGUAUCAAGAAGCGAUUCACAAAUAUUUCUAAGUGGUGAUGGGACAUUCUUCGGGGCGAUCAAACUUUUCUGA